GAACUGGUAGCAGCAAAAUUACUUGGCCCAGAUUCCAGCCCCCGCAUUGCUCUCCCGUAACCUGCUCUUCUCCAGCUUUUGCUGCCCGCAGGGCUGGGACUGCCCCGGGGGAGGGCUGCCUUGCUGGCCUUUAUGGGAAUCGGAUGUUCAAGAUCUUGCCCUUUACUAUAUUUAAGAGGAAUGGAGAAGAGGCACUUUAGCAAGCAGUUUCUGGGAGCUGAAAUUCCCAUGAAAUCGAAUGUCUCAAUCAAACUGGAGGAGAGGAAAAGAUUUACUGCAACAGGGAGCUUGAAAGACUGCUUGAAUUCCUUGUUUUUUUCUCCUCCUCCUCUUCCUCCUCCUCCAGAUACAUAGGCUAGAUGGAUAGAUUGAUAGAUAGUGAUUUCUUGAAACGGUGAGACUGGAAGGUGUAGAGGAAAAGGAUGUAAAAGAAAAAGUUGGUCCUGUGUUUCACACCGAGCCUGGAAGCCCCCUCUGAGCUCCUCUUUCACAAACACGUUCAGCCGAGAAUGUUCUCUAACUUUCCACCAAAGAACUCCUGGGAAACCAGCAGGGCCCCCGCGGGCUCCCCCCGGCCCCGCCAGUCCCGCAGCGGAGCGCAGCGGGGCUCGUGGCGCAGCCGGCGACCUGCCCUGUGCCCGCCGCAGCCCGAACCUGGCCCGGGCCCGGAGGAGAGGGGACGUCAGGGAUCGCGAACACCCGCCCCGAGCGAGCGGGCGCGUUCGCGGCGGAGUCGGCACCUGGAGGACAUGGAGGAAGGAACGGGACCGGCAGAGAACAAGGCCAAUGUGGACAGCUCCGCGUCCCCGUCGGUGGCCCAGCUGGCUGGGCGCUUUAGAGAGCAGGCAGCUGCAGCGAAGGAGACACCAACCAGUAAACCAACAAGAAGGAAACCGCCCUGCUCCCUCCUCUUGUUCCCCCCCAAGGUAGAGCUGGGCCAGAAUGGUGAGGAGAAAUCACUGCCCAAUGCAAGCCACCCUCCUAAAGUCAAGGUGAAGAGCUCUCCUCUGAUUGAGAAGCUUCAGGCCAAUUUAGCCUUUGAUCCUGCAGCCCUUCUGCCGGGGGCCUCACCCAAGAGCCCUGGACUCAAGGCCGCGGUGUCCCCGUUUCACAGCCCGCCCUCCACCCCCAGCAGCCCUGGCGUGUGGUCUCGGUCCAGCGAGCCGGAGGAGGUGCCUGUCAGCUUCGACCAGCCGCCCGAAGGCAGCCAUCUGCCCUGUUACAAUAAGGUGCGGACGCGAGGCUCAAUCAAAAGGCGCCCCCCCUCCAGGCGGUUCCGGAGGUCUCAGUCGGAUUGUGGGGACCUUCGUGACUUCAGGACAGCAGACUCAUCUCAGGAGAACGGUGCCAAGGAGGAGAACGGCGAGGAGGUGUUCACAUCCAAGAGCACAACCCCAGGAUCCCCUCUGUCCAGCGAUGGGGUGGAAAAGGAAGAGGGGAGAAGCCUGGGGUCCAAUGAAAAGCUCCCUCUGAGGAGGACAUCCAGCAGGACAGGGAGGCCUGAGGAGACGGGCAGGGCUGCAGAGGAUGCCAAGCAAGGGAAGAAGGCUGUGGGGAAUUCAGAUGAAGACCACCAAAGCCCAGCCCAGGAGGAGGCCACAGAACCACCCCAAACAUCCAGCCCUGAGGCAGAGAAUGGGUGCAGGAGCCCCGUGGAAGAAAAAACAGCUGGAGAGGAAACGGAGACCGAAAAGCCUACAGAGGGGAAGCAGGAGAGGGCGGGAAAUGAAGAAGAUAAGCCAGGACAAAAAAGCCAAGACGCAAAGAAGCUGGAGGAGAGCACUGCGUUGAAGGAGACUCCCACAAAUCCCCCCGGAGAAAUGGAGGGUGACAAAGCCUCGGAGCAGGAGAAAGACAAGGAAAAGCCAGAGGACGGGGAUGGAGUUCUCAAGCCAGACUGCAACCCUGGGACUGGCCAUGCCCAGCUGGAGCCCAACAGUGAGGUCCUGAGUGGCCAAGCAGCUCCCCCGGGAGAGGAUGACACCUCCACCCAGGACACUAGAAUGUGAAGAGCCACUGUGUCCUCGUGAUGAAGCUGCUGGAGACAUCUCUUUGGAAGUAGCAGUAACAAUGGCAGCAGCAGCCAAUGAAGCCAUCGUAGAUGCAGAAUAUCCUGAGUGUCUGGCGUCAGCCCGAAAACACAGGGUGCCUUAUUUCCUGGCCCGCACACUGAAUGCUCCCUCACAGAUGGAGACUGACUCUGAGGGCUGCAGACCUUUAUCAGCUUGAGUUUGGGUUUGGAUGUCACUUGAUGAACUUGGCCGGGGGAAAAAAAACAUAUUUAAAACAAUUUACAGUGGUGACGACAGCUCUCCAGAGGCACUGGUCGGCCUGUGGGGCCCCAGAUACUAUCCACACCCACCUAUCGCUGCAGCUGACCCCUGAACUGAAGUCUGAUUUAGCUCAUCAGAUUUUGCUUGUAUAGCCUUUUUACUAUUCUGAAAUGCUUACUGUUCUCAUAUGUAAGUAAAAACUAAUUUCAGGGUGGCCAGAAGCAAAAGAACAUAACAUUGCUGAAAAUUUAAAUACUUCUAAAUUAAGAGUAUCUUAAAUUGCAUUGAGACUCGAGUCAACCUUCCAGCUUUGUGCAAAUUUGAACUGGCCAAUCAAUUUUGAAAACAUUGGUCUAGAAGAGAUAAUGGUUGGAACAUUUAAAGAUAUAUGCCUCUGUUUUACCGAGAGGAACUUGGCCCUUCCCAUAGUUCUCUAGUUGAUGACUCCCAUGGGAGGUGACAUCUCUUGAGGAGGAUGUGGAUGAACUCCCAUGGAGAGGCAGGAUGUCAAGAAGUUUCACACUCUGCAUUGCAUUUCCACAUCCUGAGAACAGAUCAGGGAUACCUGAACAAUACCUGUCCUCUGAUUUAUCCUGCAAGGAUAAGUUUCGCACUUCCAUAAAGUUGCCCUUGAGCAUGUAUUAGAUAUUUCCUGGGAGGUGCUUUGAGCUCCAUGGUGUGCAAGCGACAUAAUGAUAAAUAUUUUACCUAGCUUCCAUGGGAAAGCUUUCCUUGAGUCUAAGCCUGGGCUAUUCUUCCCAGUUUAGGAGGAAUGGGUUGGGUCCUCAGUCUGUUCACAUUGGGUAGCUUUUUCUUUAAUAUUCUGUUUGGAGAUUGGAGGUUUUGCAAGAAAUAGCAGUUCUGACUGCCCAUUAUUUCGUUUUCUCCCCUCUCCUCUUCACGCAGUCCUGCUAAAGGAUGCUAAUCCAAAUAAAUGUUUCAUCUCUAGGGUUGGUCCCUAUUCUGAUUUGAGUUCAUUUCACUGUCUCAGUGUGCUAAUUUGGUUGGAGCAGUUGUUUUUCUGGAAUUUGGUUAGACUGCACCCUACCUUGAUUUCAGAAAACAGUCUCUUAAAUGAAAUGCCUAUGUCACUAUUGGAACCUCAAUUUUUUCUUCCGAUUUACAGUUUUCCUAACUCCAGGAUAGUAUUAAUAUUGGGGAUAAAUGUUUUUCAAAAAUGUUUUAAAAAAUAAUGCAUCUCUUAAGAUUUUUAACAUUCUGAGAGACUGCUAUUGUCAUAGCUAUAAUAAGCUUGGUGUUUUAGAAUAAUUUGGAAGAUGUAUGUGUGUGUCAGUUAUUUGAGUGUCUUUAUAAUCUAUAUCUUUAUCUAUUCCUAUACUUAUCUAUCUAGAUGUAUACCCCCUAAAUAAUACUUAGUUUUAUUUAUAUAUGACUUUGGAUUGUUUAUACACUCACACAGAUAUGCUAAUGCAUAUAUCUGGGCAAGAAUUUUGUGAAUAUGUGCAUGACUAUGUGUGUGAUAAAAAGGGGAAAUCUGACACUUUCUCUUACUUGAAAAAGGAAUGGCACAGAAAUUAAGGGAUGUAGAUAUGGAAGUAGAACUAUAUUUUCCUUCUGGAGGGCCUAUACAUUAAGAAGAAAGGAGCAAUAAAAAAUGCAAGAAUGUGACACUGAAGAAACCUACUUUCUGGGGUCAAAGUACCUUUCUGAAUAGUCUCCUGUUGGCCACAUUAUUUGAUCUAUUUUGUGAAAAGGCAGAGGCCCCAUUCUGGGGGUUUGUUAAUGAGUGCUGGGGGGUUCUGGGGCUCUUGGUGGGAAAUUCAUGAAAUGUAGAGACUCUCCAUCAAGUGCCCCCCACCCCCUUUUCUUUGCUGAUGCUGCAGCCUGACUGCUUAUGGCUUUCCUUUUCCAAAGCAACUGUGAUUAGGUGUUGCAUUUGCAUUGUUGAGAUUGAGAUUUCAAAACAUGGCAUUAUAAGAAAUCCGUUUGUGCCUUAGGUGGCACAAGGUCAUUACCAGACCAGGAAGACCUUGCUACUUUCAGAAUGUAUUAAUAGGCUUGGAAGAAAAUAUUUGAUUCUUCACAGCUAUAAGACUAAGGAAAGGAGUCAGAAUCAUUCUUCCACUGUCCUUGUAGUCUAGCUUGAAUUUCAAACUUUGUCCUUCCUUUCCCCAGAUAGGGAGCAAGAAAAAAUUUGGAUGUUUUAAAGGGAUAUUAUGGUAUUAGAAAAGGGAGCUGUGAUGCUUUCUCAGCUGCGUGUACAACUAGGUCACCAGAAGAUCACAAGACCCAGGGGCCUCAGAACUCCACCUCCUCACUGUGGUCACCUUGAGCAAAAGCCCAGUUUGCCAUACAGGUGUUGGCCUGUGAUUCCCAGUUGACUAGGUUUCUCAACAAAUAUAUGUGAAAUAAAGGAAUGAAUAAGGGAACAGGUAACCAGUUCAUCACCUUCUUUUGGUUAGGUACUCUCAGGAGAGUAAAAGCUGAAUGAGUAAGGAUGCUCAGUUGUUGAUGACAGAAACCCAACUCAAACUGGCUGAUGGAAAAAAGAACUAUAUCUAUCUAUGAGUCUCUCUCUUUCUCUCUCCCUUUCUCUCUCAUCUAAUUAUCUUUACACUGAUUCAUAUAGCUGAAAAGUCCAGGAAUAGACCUAAGCAAAGGCAGCCAAGCAAUGCCAGGGCUCUCUCUGUCUCUGUCACUGGGCUCUGCUUUCCUCUGUGUUGGCCUUGCUCUGAAGCAGGCUCUCUCAGCCUGCAAGCCCAAUAGAAAGAGCUUACUCUUUCCCAAUAACUGUGGGAAGUGGGGAUGUGGGAAUCCUGAGAUUUUCUGUAGGCCGUAUGCAUCAUAUGCCCAUAGCUAAAGGAAUCAUUAUGGCCGAGGAGCCCCAGAGAUCUGACUGGCCAGGCCCCAGCUGGGGCUGGGAGCUGGGUGAGUCAAUCCCUUCAAUCUGCAAGCACUGUGAAUAGGAAAAAGGUGGUUCCUCAAAGUGAAAUUAAAAUACUGCUACAAGAAAAGUGAUGCCGAGCAGGCAAAAAUGACAGAUGUCCUUAACAGGGCAAUACCUGAAAUAUCAAAUGACUAUUCCACUGUUUGCUUCAAAAUCAAAUUUUGUUUGGCCCCAAUUAAUUCUCUUCACUUUUGUGCUCUCUGGACCAGGUAAAAAUAGCAUGAACAGGAUGUCUCUAUAUGAUGUAUGAUCACGUGGCUUAUGAAGAUGUCAGAAGCACCAAGCAAAAUUCAAGUGCUAGUCAUAUAAAAUGAAAUUGAUUUUCAUAAUCUUCCAAAGAAAAUCAGCCUCAUUGCCUUAUGUAACAAUGUAUUGCUGUGUCCAGGGUAACCUGUAGCUCCACGAGGGCACAGUCAGUGUUGUUGUUCCUAACUGUGUCUAGUGCCUCAUUCGUGGUGGGUGCUCAAUAAACAUUUGUUCAGUAGCAAA